AUGGCGAGUCAGACACAAGGAAUCCAGCAACUUUUGGCUGCUGAAAAGCGAGCUGCCGAAAAAGUAUCAGAGGCGAGAAAGCGAAAAGCGAAACGCCUAAAGCAAGCCAAGGAAGAGGCCCAAGAUGAGGUUGAGAAGUACAGACAGGAGCGUGAGAGGCAAUUCAAAGAUUUUGAGGCCAAGCAUAUGGGCACAAGGGAAGGUGUUGCCGCCAAGAUUGAUGCAGAGACAAAGGUGAAGAUUGAGGAGAUGAACAAAAUGGUCAAAGUACAACAGGAGGCGGUGAUCAAAGACAUCCUCAGCUUGGUGUAUGACAUCAAACCCGAGCUGCACGUCAACUACCGCUUA